GGGCCGCUAGACGACAACCCGGAGCCUUUCCUCUCCCCACCCCCCACCCCCCUUUGUAACCACCGCCCUGUCCUUUCCUUCGCCGUCUCCUCAGUCGGUCAGCCUAAAGGAGGCGAAGCAUAUGAAAACGUUUCAAAAUGGCCCGACCCUGAGGGAUUAGCAAAGCUUUCCUCGAGGAGCAGGAGGAGAGGCAACAACCUCUGGGGUGGUGGGCGGGUAGGUGGUGGGAAAUCCUUUGCCGUUGCUUCACAGAAGCGCUUCUUCUUGGGAUCGAUCCCCUCCUUUCUCCAAUGGUCCAAAGUGACCCGUCCAAAUCGCCUCCUGUCACAGAAGUAGCGGCGGCGGCGCAAGAGAUGCAGAUGGACUUCCUGGAGAAUCCCCCGGCGCUCGUUACGGCACUGCAGUCUUAUGGCAAAGGUGCAAGAAGGAAAAACAGAUUUAAAGGCUCAGAUGGAAGUACAUCUUCUGAUACUACCUCAAACAGUUUUGUUCGACAGGGUUCAGCGGACUCCUAUACCAGCCGUCCGUCUGAUUCAGAUGUGUCUCUUGAGGAGGACAGAGAAGCGGUGCGGAGAGAGGCUGAACGACAGGCCCAGACACAGCUGGAAAAAGCAAAAACAAAACCUGUUGCAUUUGCAGUACGGACAAAUGUCAGCUACAGUGCAGCCCAUGAUGAUGAUGUCCCUGUUCCAGGCAUGGCGAUCUCAUUUGAAGCUAAAGAUUUCCUACAUGUUAAAGAAAAAUUUAACAAUGACUGGUGGAUAGGACGAUUGGUAAAAGAAGGCUGUGAAAUAGGAUUUAUACCAAGUCCAGUGAAAUUAGAAAAUAUGAGGAUGCAGCAUGAACAAAAAGCUAAGCAAGGAAAAUUUUACUCUAGUAAAUCAGGAGGAAAUUCAUCAUCUAGUUUGGGUGAUGUAGUACCCAGUUCCAGAAAGUCUACACCUCCAUCAUCUGCUAUAGAUAUAGAUGCCACUGGUUUAGAGGCAGAAGAAAUUGAUAUUCCAGCAAACCAUCGCUCCCCCAAACCCAGUGCAAACACUGUCACAUCACCCCAUUCCAAAGAGAAAAGAAUGCCCUUCUUUAAGAAGACAGAGCACAUCCCUCCAUAUGAUGUAGUGCCUUCUAUGCGACCCGUCGUUUUAGUGGGGCCUUCUUUAAAGGGAUAUGAGGUGACGGAUAUGAUGCAAAAAGCAUUAUUUGAUUUUUUAAAACAUAGAUUUGAAGGGCGUAUUUCAAUCACACGGGUCACAGCAGAUAUCUCGCUUGCCAAGCGUUCAGUAUUAAACAAUCCCAGCAAGCAUGCAAUAAUAGAACGAUCGAAUACAAGGUCAAGCUUAGCUGAAGUUCAGAGUGAAAUUGAACGAAUAUUUGAGUUAGCAAGAACAUUACAGUUGGUAGUACUUGAUGCUGAUACUAUUAAUCAUCCUGCUCAACUUAGCAAAACUUCCCUGGCACCCAUUAUAGUAUAUGUAAAGAUUACUUCUCCAAAGGUUUUACAAAGACUGAUAAAAUCCCGAGGCAAAUCUCAGGCUAAGCAUCUUAACGUUCAAAUGGUAGCAGCUGAUAAACUGGCUCAGUGCCCUCCGGAAAUGUUUGAUGUGAUUCUGGAUGAGAACCAGCUUGAAGAUGCUUGUGAACACCUGGCUGACUAUUUGGAAGCAUACUGGAAGGCCACACAUCCUACUAGCAGCCACCCUUCCAAUCAGCUUCUCACUCGCACAUUGGCAUCUGCCACUCUUCCUAUCAAUCCUGGCCCAAAUGUUAAUUUACAGGGAUCUCAGGUUGAUCAGAGGAAUGAGCAAUCAACCACUGAAAGAACUGGUUCACAGGGAGAAGAAGAAACAAGAGUUGAAACCACCAGAAAAUCUCAGCAUCGCUCUUCCUCUUCAGGACAUCAUCAUAACCAUCGUAGUGGAACUAGCCGUGGGUUAUCUCGACAAGAAACUGUUGACUCAGAAACACAAGACAACAAAGAUUCAGCAUGUGUAGAACCAAAAGAGGACCACUCACAUGAGCCCUAUGAUUCUCAUAGAGAUCAUAAUCACAAGGAUGAACCCCAUGGCGUCAGUGAUCACAGACAUCGAGAAUCAAGGCAUCGAUCAAAGGAAAGGGACAGAGAGCAGGACCACAAUGAAGGCAACAAACAACGUAGCCGCCAUAAAUCAAGGGACCAGUAUUGUGACAGGGAUGGAGAAGUGGUACCUAAGAAACGUAGUGACACUGUGGAAUGGAAGAGAGAUGUAUAUAUCCAUCAGUAACACCUGUCUCUGACAGUUUUGUGUUUCUUUUGAAAUUGGGUAUGAGAAAGAUCCUUAAAAUAAUCUUUUUUUUCCACUGCAGAAUGUAGUACACCUUGUAUGCUGAUUUUAAAGUGCUGGUGCUUUCAAAUUGAUAGCAUAAAAUAGGAUAUUCAUUUUGAUUAAUGCUGUAACUCACUGGCAUAGUGCAACUACAGAAUUUCUGAAGUUAUGCUAUGCUGUUUUUUUUUCCAAACUGAUUCUUGUAGCUGCCAUUUGAACAGAUAUCUGUUGCCAUCAAGGUGGUAUUAAUGUUUUUAGACAAUACGGUUGAUGUUUAAUACUUUUUCCCAUUUUUCAGCAAGCCAAAAUCAGCAUAUUCAAAUUGAAGCUCUCAGUAGCUCUUUUUUAAAAACAAAUCUAUAGGCACUUGACUUGCAUAUUGAUUUCUGUUGCUUGUUCCCCUGGUGGACUACAUUUUGAAACAGAAUUCAGUCUUGCCUUACACACAGGGGAUCAUAAAGUCAAAAUCUCUUUUCUAUAUACUGGUACUGUGUACUGUAUAGACAAUUUAUAAAUGUUAUUUCUGUAGACACCUUCUUACAUAAGAUUGAUCACACUAUUUUAAAAUCCUAAUGCCAAGUCAGCAGAUUUGCUUUUGAAUUAUGGGCAACUGGAAAAUGGGUAGCACUGUUCACUCUAGACACACUUUCUUAUACUUAGUGUAAAUAGGACUGACCACUUUAGAUUACAUGCUGGAUUUUUCUUGCAAAUUUAUCAUCUUUGCAUUUUAAAUCUAUGGCAAAAAUAAUGUCACACUAUAAAUGGUCCUGCUGUGCACAUUACUUAACCAAUUGCUGACAGCACAGUUUUUUAUCAACUUGACGGGCAACAGUUGACAUAAUGUAUAAGCAUGUGUGUGUCUGAAAGAGUGUGUGUGUUUAUGUUGUGCAUGAGAAAGGGAGAGAGGGAUGGGGAGAAAGAAAGAAAGAAAGAAAGAAAGAAAGAAAUCUUAUUAAAAUUACCUGAGGAUCAACCCAUAUCUUAUUAAUCUGCCAUAAUUAUCAUAUGUUUAUGCUUAGGUAUAAGAUCUUGUCAAGAAGGAGAUAUGGAUGGUUAUUCUUUUUAUAGAAGCAUACCAUUUUUUGCUUCAAGCUUGAUCAAAGCAUCUGAAUGAGGAAACUAGGAUUAAAUCAUAAUGCAUCAAUCAGCUCCAAGUAUAGAUUAUUCUAAAAAUAUGUAUGCUUUUAUUUUUCCUUGCUAUUUUUAAUUCAGAAGCUCAAGAUUGCAGGCAAGUGACAUGGGAAAGUUUACAACUAACAGGUAAUUGGGAAAGCAUCAAUCUGCUGGCUUUUAUUUUAUAUUAUAUUUUGAGGAUCCAGGAAAGUUAAAAACACAAGCAAACGUGAUUGUGAGUGUUUCACUGGAAAUGUAAACUUUCUGUGUUCUAGAGUAUUUGUUUUAGUAAGACAAGUUCACACAACUUGUGGAGAGUUAUUUUGUUGGAAAAUAAAUUUUGUAGCUUCUCUGCUUUUUUCUAUAUUUGACCAUCUUUCUAUUCUAAUCAAUUUGUUCAUUUAUCUUUUACUUAUGGGCUUUACUGCUACACGGUUGCUGAACCAUUAUGAUAAUUUCUACA